CCAGUGGCGCACAUUAUUUCAGCUCAGCCUGAUCAUCAUACGGAAGAAGGAAAUGGAGGUGAUCAAGGGCACUGAGAAGCAGUCGAGCUACUCCUGUCUAGCUUGCUGGAACAAAUGCUUACCCUUCAGCUCUUUGUUGUCGUCGUCGAGAGUGCCGUCGCCGUUUCGUGAUGGUGAGACGUCGGAAAAACACGGUGGCGUUUUGUCAAGUGCAAAGGAAGCUAGAAGAAAGCCUGGAGGAUGGAAGGCUAUGCCAUUUGUCCUAGGGAACGAAACCUUUGAGAGGCUGGCUACGAUAGGGCUGCUGGGAAACUUCAUGAUCUUCUUGCUGAAGGUGUAUCACAUGGACCAGGCAUCAGCUGCGAACCUCCUCAACAUAUGGUCCGGUGUGACUAAUUUUGCACCCUUGCUUGGUGCCUUCGUCUCUGAUGCGUACGUCGGGAGGUUCUGGACCAUCGGUUUUUCUUCCUUCGCUUCUCUUCUGGGAAUGUUAACCCUAACCCUAAUCGCCUGGAAUCCUCAACUACGUCCUCCGCCAUGUACCCCACACCAGCUCCAAAUCCACCAGUGUGCGGGCCCCACAACAUCACAGCUGGGCAUCUUAAUCCUGGCCCUCGGAUUCUUAUCAGUCGGCACCGGCGGAAUCAGGCCGUGCAGCCUUCCAUUCGGCGUGGACCAAUUCGAUCCGACCACCGAUGAGGGCAGAAAGGGAAUCAACAGCUUCUUCAACUGGUACUACACCACGUUCAUGGUGGUUUUGAUCAUCGCUCUCACCGUGGUGGUUUAUAUUCAGAACAAUAUCAGCUGGGUGUGGGGGUUUGGAAUACCGACUUCGCUCAUGUUGGGGUCUAUCGUGCUGUUCUUUUUCGGGACGAGGCUUUACGUGUACGUGAAGCCAGAGGGGAGCGUGUUCUCCGGCAUCGCUCAGGCGCUUGUCGCGGCUUACAAGAAACGCGGGCUUGGGGUUCCGGUGGGAGAGGGAGGGGGAGACGGAGAAGGGGUGUUUUACGAUCCGCCGCUAGCGGGAACAACGGUGACAAAGCUCCCUCUCACGUAUCAAUUCAGGUUCUUGAACAAAGCUGCUGUAAUAACGGACGGUGAAGUAAAACCCGACGGGUCUCGUUCCAACCCAUGGACCCUCUGCAGCAUCCAGCAGAUAGAAGAAGUCAAAUGCCUGAUAAAAAUCGUCCCAGUCUGGGCCUCCGGCAUCAUCUGCUUCACUUCCAUGGCGCAGCAAGGCACAUUCACCCUUUCCCAAGCUCUCAAAACGGACCGCCACCUCGGCCCGAAGUUCCAGAUCCCCCCGGGAUCCCUCGUGAUCAUCUCCAUGAGCACCGUCGGGCUGUGGGUCCCGUUCUACGACCGGGUCCUCGUGCCCGCCCUCCGCAAGAUAACCAAGCUGGACUCCGGGAUCACGCUCCUCCAGAGAAUCGGGAUCGGGAUCGCGUUCUCUGUCCUGUCGAUGGUCGCGGCCGGCCUGGUCGAGAAGAUGAGGAGGGAUUCGGCCGUGUCGCACGGCAGACAAGACGGCGUCGCGCCCAUAUCGGUCCUGUGGCUGGCUCCGCAGCUUAUCUUGAUGGGAUUCUCGGAGGCGUUCAGCAUUAUCGGACAGAUUGAGUUUUACUACAAGGAGUUCCCCGAGAACAUGAGGAGCGUGGCUAAUUCUCUCUUCUUCGUCACCUUGGCGGGGUCUAAUUACCUCAGCAGUUUUCUAUUGGCCCUCGUGCAUGGUGUCACCGGGCGGCACGGGCGGCCGGACUGGCUGACGAACGAUAUUAAUCAGGGGAGGGUGGAUUACUUCUACUACGUAAUUGCGGCGAUGGGGGUCCUGAAUAUGGGUUACUUUCUGAUUGUUUCCCGGCGGUACCAUUAUAAGGGGAGUGUUGAGGUUAAGGAAGAGAAAUCCCUAGAUGAUGUUGAGCUUAAUGCAAUUAAACAGUGAAGUGAGCACCUUUCAAUAAUUUAUGUAAAUCAAAAUAAGUCUAAGAAUACAGGCAUAAAAUGUAUCCCGAAAUUAUCUAAAAAGUAAAUCUGUACCGUUGAUUUAUCUUUUUGGGGUUCAUUUUUUUGUUUACCUCGCAUUGCUCUUUAUUAAUUGGUGGGGAUAUUAUGUAAAAGGACAACAUCCUCGUGCGGUUUUUCAUCCGUAUGAGAGAGAAUUGGGUAGGGUGAACAUGUAUUGUAGUACUAGGGAACAUGUAGUGUAAUACUAGUGAACAGUAUGUAUUGCUUUACAAGAAUAAGAUAUCUUUUGCAUGGAAAA